CGCCUGGCCAUAUAUAAGAUCCUGCCUCACGCAGCUUAGGGUUUGUUCCUUCCCGGGCGCUGGCGGCGGAUUAGGGUUUCAUUUGCGUCCGUUCUCAACGUCAGCAGGAGCGAGCGGGAACUCCGGCCAUGGCGCCGUCGCAGCCCAAGUCAGGGCUCUUCGUGGGCAUCAACAAGGGCCACGUCGUCACCAAGCGCGAGCUGCCGCCCCGCCCGUCCGACCGCAAGGGGAAAGGCACAAAGAGGGUGCAUUUUGUCAGGAACUUGAUCAGGGAGGUUGCUGGAUUCGCUCCAUAUGAGAAACGUAUCACUGAGCUUCUUAAGGUUGGAAAGGACAAGCGUGCACUCAAGGUCGCCAAGAGAAAGCUUGGUACUCACAAGAGAGCAAAGAAGAAGAGAGAGGAGAUGUCAAGUGUCCUGAGGAAGAUGAGGUCUGCUGGUGGUGGUGGUGCUGGUGACAAGAAGAAAUAGAACUUUGCCAGUCGUCAAUUUUAUCGCAAAACUCUGUCCUGUCCUGUAUUACCAGUCGGUACCUAUAGAGCUAUGGCCGUUGUGGAUUGUGGAACUACUAAAUUUGUGACACUCUCUAAGCCUGUGGUUUCUGUUUUGAGAAGACCAAUCUUUUUAAGAUUUUUACAUGA